CCGAUUAAUUUUCAUCCACAAGACAGUGCAUCCUUCAGGGAAGACUGAAAUAUAAAUUAAAAUGGGUGUCAAAGACUUCCUCAAGGAAUAUUUUCUUGGCUUCUGGGACUAUGAGACACCUAAGGUAAUGGUGGUGAGAAACAGAAAACUUGGAGUUAUAUACCGAGGAGUCCAGUUUCUAGUGAUCACAUACUUCAUUUGGUAUGUGUUCAUAAGUCAGAAGGCGUACCAGGACAUUGAGACCAGACCUGAGAGCUCCAUCUACACCAUGAUGAGAGGCGUGGCCCUGCAGGGGGACAAUGUGCUGGACAUGGUGGAAUAUGUCCAUCCUUCUGAGGGUGGAGAUGUUAUUAGCACCAUCUUGAGGCGUGAGGUCACUCAUGACCAGAAACAGGGCACGUGUGCAGAGGACUACCGCGUUUUCAAAGCAAAUUGCACAAAAGAUUCUGACUGUGUUGCUGGGGAAAUAAACCUUGAUGGCAAUGGACAGCAAACCGGACGUUGUGUGCAGUACUACAAUCACACCUUCAAGACAUGUGAGAUCCAGUCUUGGUGUCCUAUUGAAGCCUUUGCGGCUGUUAGAGAACCACCAUUGGCAGAAGCUGUCAACUUUUCAAUAUAUAUCAAAAAUACCAUACACUUUCCGAAAUUCAAAGUGUUAAGGGGAAACACCAGACCUGGGAGAAAGGUGAAAUACAUGCCCCGGUGCCAUUACAACGAAGAGACUCACCGCUACUGCCCGGUCUUCCGGCUGGGUUACAUCGCAGAGCAAAUCAGGGAGAAAUUCAGUGAAUUAUGCAGAACCGGAGGCGUGAUUGGAGUCUUCAUUAACUGGAAAUGUAAUUUUGAUGUGGACCCUUUAGCGUGUGUGCCCACUUACUCAUUCAGGAGACUGGACACGCGCAAGAGCCUGCACUCAGGCUACAAUUAUAGAUUUGCCAAGUAUUACAGCAAGAAUGGUGAAGAGUACAGAACACUCAUCAAGGCCUUCGGGAUUCGACUGGACAUCAUUGUCCAUGGACAUGCUGGAAAAUUCAACAUUGUCCCAACCAUCAUCAACGCAGUAACGGCCAUGACAUCAGUUGGAAUUUGUUCCAUCAUCUGUGACUGGAUCAUGCUGACCUUCAUUGACAAAAAUGAGAUUUACAGCGAGAGGAAAUUUGACAACUCCUCUGAUGAGCCCGUCGAACACAUCAUUGUUACAGACCUCACCCUCACAAGUUAUGGCUCUACGCACUCAGACCUCUCAGAUGGGGUGCCACUAUGAUGGACGGCUCACUCUCUCACCCCUUGGCCACAAGCACACUACAGGAAAGCACUCAGCCUUAGAGCAGGACAGUGACUGUGCUCGAAUUGGUGGCACUCUUGCUUCAGAAGUGAAGAAAUGUCAAGCCACAUAUAGCCAUAGGGUCUGAGACAGGGAAUACAACCAUCACUCCAAUGGACAAAUCUGUAACCUCAACCUUAACUAGAAGCCUUCAAGAGACAAAUUCCCUAACUGCAGUGCACAUACCAAGCUUUA